UUCUACCAAAGUCUCCAUCUUUGUACUAUUUUCCUGAAACGCACCUUCCUUUCCUUAUCCCCUUCAUUCCGUUUGCAAUCGCCGGCCCCCCAAAUCGAUCCUUGCAAUUCCGCUAUCCGAUUGAAUGGGAAUUACGUUUCAGGAACGAAUCCAUCUUUGAUCGGAUCUUAAUCUCUGUCUUUCCCUCUCUCGGACGUGCUCCCUCAUUAAAUAUAGGAACUUUCCUCAUUCUUGCUCUUCCCGAUCAUCAAUACGUUUCUUUGUCUCUUUUCAGUUCGAUUCGACAAUUGCUUUACUUCUCAUUAGCAUUAUAGUUUCUGAAAGCUCGCUCCUUUCUUGUAUAAACCCUCAAGUCGGUCAUGCUGAGGAAAAGCGGUGGAUAACGAUCGGUCGGAGAAAUCCAAAGCUGAGUCGAAAGAGGAAUAGAGAGGCGAGAUGGACAAGUACGAGGUGGUGAAGGAUCUUGGCUGUGGAAACUUUGGAGUGGCGAGGCUGAUGCGGAACAAGGAGACGAAGGAGCUCGUCGCUAUGAAGUAUAUCCCUAGAGGGAAGAAGAUUGACGAGAAUGUGGCGAGGGAGAUUAUUAACCAUCGCUCUCUCCGGCACCCCAACAUCAUCCGUUUCAAGGAGGUAGCGCUGACGUCUACGCACCUUGUGAUCAUUAUGGAGUAUGCCGCCGGUGGUGAGCUCUUCGAGCGGAUCUGCAACGCCGGAAGAUUCAGCGAAGAUGAAGCUAGAUAUUUCUUCCAACAACUUAUAUCUGGUGUCAGUUAUUGCCACUUCAUGCAAAUAUGCCACCGUGAUCUCAAGCUGGAGAACACUCUUUUGGACGGAAACCCUGCUCCGCGGCUCAAAAUCUGCGACUUUGGCUACUCCAAGUCGUUGCUGCAUCACUCGAGGCCAAAGUCAACAGUAGGCACGCCGGCGUACAUCGCACCGGAGGUUCUCUCUCGCCGGGAGUACGACGGCAAGCUUGCAGAUGUCUGGUCCUGCGGAGUAACUCUGUAUGUCAUGCUGGUGGGAGCUUACCCAUUUGAAGAUCCGGACGAUCCCAAAAACUUCAGAAAAACCAUUGGGAGAAUCAUGUCAGUACAGUACAAGAUACCUGAUCAUGUCCACAUAUCCCAGGACUGUCGGCAUCUUCUCUCCCGGAUCUUUGUCCCCAACCCCACUAAGAGGAUAACUAUAAACGAGAUAAAGAAACAACCAUGGUUCUUGAAGAACUUACCGAGGGAGCUAACUGAAAUAGCACAGGCAGUGUAUUACAAGAGGGAUACCAGCGCGCUGACCUCUUCUCUUCAGAGCGUUGAGGACAUCAUGGAGAUUGUUAAGGAAGCGAAGAAUCUUCCUCCCUCAACCCCUCCUGUUGUUCCAGGAUGGGUUGAAGAAGACGAGGAAGAGGAAACCAAAGGAAAGAAGGAAAAGGAGGAAAAAGAGGCAGAGGAAGAGGAAGAGGAGGAAGAUGAGUAUGAGAAGCAGGUCAAGGAAGUCCAAGCUAGUGGUGAAUAUGUAAUUAGUUGAUAGAAGUACAAAGCGCAUUACUUUUCUGUGUUGUUCAUUGUGAAUUCUAUUACCUUCUUGUUGCUUUGGCCUCACUUAACUUGGUUUGCUUUAUUAUUAUUAUUAUUAUUUUUCAAAUUAUGUUCCAAUACAAAAGGUUUAAGUAAAGUGAAUGGGCAAGAAAUGGUUCUUGAUUCUA